AUGGCAUCCGCGUCGCCGUCGUGGGCCAUCCUCGGCAGCGUGCCGCGGGUGGCGGCCGCCGACGCCGACCUCCCUCCGGGCGCCGACCUCUCCCUCGCGCUGCCGGCGCCGCCGCGCGUCGGGCUCCUCACCAUCCCCCCGCGCAUCUUCGCGGACCGCACCACCUCCGACAACUUCCCCUCCGUCCUCGCCGUCGACCCCUCCGGCCUCCUCCUCCUCCACGCCAACCAGGGCCGCGCCACGGCCCCCACCGUCAUCAACACCCCCAGCCUCCGGGAGUUCAGCUGGCGCCCGUUCGCCCCGGGCUACUUCGUCCUCGACGCCACCACCGCCACCGCCCUGCCGCUCCCGAAACCUGAGCUCAUCAUGCACAUGGGUCACGUCGGCCUCAUCUCCUCCCCGGCGGGUGGCGGCCACUACAUGGUCGCCGAGCUCCAGCCGUUCGUUGGCGGUGACAAGGCCAUCCUCCUGCGCUUCUCGUCGGAAGUCGGAGAGUGGGUCAGCAAGUACAUCGGCUACCCGCUUCCUGCCAGGAUUCUGUGCCCCAACCGCGUGGUCUCGCACUCCGGGAGGCUCUGGUGGGUCGACCUCUCCUGGUGCCUCCUCACCUGCGACCCCUUCGAGGACACGCCGGUGCUGAGGGUCGUCCCGCUCCCGGAGGGCAAGGCGCUCAAGCCCAGGGAAGCUUGGGGAUUGCUUGACAAGUACCGAUGCGUACGUGUCAGCGGCGGCAAGCUGCGGUUCGUGGACAUGUACUCCAGGAAUCGUGACAGCCGCGGCGCUACACAGAUCAGCGUCUGGACGCUCGCCGAUCCGGACACCACGGAGUGGACGCUGGAGUACGAGGCCACCUUUAAGGAGAUCUGGGACGACGCGAGCUACAAGGCGACUGGUCUGCCCAGGAAGAUCCCCGUGCUUGCGCUCAUCCACCCCACCAACCCCGACGUGGUCUACUUUUUCCUCGACGAGCAUCUGCUCGGUGUCAACGUGCGUGCUCGCAAGGUUGUGGAGUGUGAGGUCUACGAGCUGGUUGCGCCGCCUAGCGAGCACGUCGCCACCCGUUUCAUUCACGCUUGGCAGCUGCCACCAGCUCUCUGCUCAGGUAAGUCUACUGUCUUUUUUCGUUGA